UAAAGAUGACGUCAUCAGUGUUGGCCACAUGGUUGCGCGCAUAUGUUGUGAUCUGUGUUUCAGUGUAUUUUCAUCAGUUUCAUCAUGUCUUCCAGCUGUCGUAGACCUGAACACAAGGCUCCUCCUGAGCUGUUCUACAAUGAGGAAGAGGCCAAAAAAUACUCCCAGAAUUCUCGUAUGAUAGAGAUUCAGACGCAGAUGUCGGAGAGAGCCGUCGAGCUGUUGAAUCUUCCUGAAGAUCAGUCAUGUUAUCUGCUGGAUGUGGGCUGUGGCUCUGGACUGAGUGGAGAUUAUUUAUCUGAAGCGGGUCAUUAUUGGGUUGGUGUGGACAUCAGUACAGCGAUGCUGGAUGUUGCGUUGGACAGAGAUGUGGAGGGUGAUGUGGUGUUGGGUGACAUGGGUCAGGGUGUCCCGUUCAGACCUGGAGUGUUUGAUGGCUGUAUAAGUAUUUCAGCACUGCAGUGGUUGUGUAACGCAGAUAAGAAAACUCACAGUCCUCCAAAGAGACUGUAUAGGUUCUUCAGCUCGCUGUACUCAUCACUGGCGAGAGGAGCGCGUGCUGUCUUUCAGAUUUACCCAGAAAACUCUGAGCAGUUGGAGUUGAUCACAUCUCAGUCCAUGAAAGCCGGAUUCACAGGAGGAAUGGUGGUGGAUUAUCCCAACAGCAGCAAAGCCAAAAAGUUUUUUCUGUGUUUGUUUGCUGGCGUAUCAGGCGUUUUACCAAAGGGUUUAGAUUCAGAGAGUGCCGACAGACGAGUGUCAAAUCAAGUUCAGUUCACAGCGCAGAGGUCCCGUUUUAAAGCGAUGAAGGGAAAGUCUGUGAAGAAGAGCAAAGACUGGAUCGUGGAGAAGAAAGAGAGACGCCGUCGACAGGGGAAGGACGUAAGAGCCGACACCAAGUACACGGGACGUCACAGGAGACCACGCUUCUGACCCGUCUCUACAUUGUGUGCAUUCAUGUGCUCAGGAUUUCUCCAGUUUACAACACAUUUCUAUUCUUACAGACUGAUUUAGAGAUCACGUGAUCCACAUAUUGCAGGAAAUCAACAACAUUUGCAAAGAAUUGGAAUCUGAGUUCAUUUGUAUUUAUAACAUGAACAGAUUUGAAUCCAUUCAGAAUCACUCAUAAUAAAUUCUGCAAACAAUGUUUAUGUUGUUAUGUAUACACUGCUGUGAAAAUAUGAUUACCAAUAAUUCAAAUAAAAAUAU